AUGGCUGCUGCUAUUGCUUUGAAGAAUUUUAUACGAAAGAAUUGGAGUGAAGCCCCAGAGGUUGAUCUCAGCAAUGAAGAGGAAGAGGAGAUUCGACAAUCAGUGCUUCAAGGGAUGUUUCUUAUUAGAGGGAAUUUGCAAAAUCAACUUUCUCAUGCGGUGCAUUUAAUGGCUAAGCGAGAUUUCCCGGAGCGGUGGCCAUCGCUGGUACCAGCUCUGGCCGAACAGUUGAAGGUAGACGACCUUGGACGGUUAGUAGCAUCUUUACUUGCGAUGGACCAACUGUUCAAAAAAUUUCGUUACGAGAGCAAGUCAACUGCUUUGUGGACUGAGCUGAAAUCGUGCUUGUUAACGGUACAAGAACCUCUCACUCGCGUAUACGCUAAGAUGCUUGAGUUUAUUCCACAAAGAAAUACGAUGUCCGCCGAAUCCUUAGUUCAAUGGCUAGAGAUCUUAUGCCUUGUCAGCAAAGUAUUCCAUUCCCUAUGCUUCCAAGAUUUACCCGAAUACUUUGAGGUGAAUGCUUAUAUUGUCAUAAGAGGAGUAAAUGAAUUUCUCGUUUUGAUUUUAAAUUAUACUUCAAAGAGGAAGAAUAAAUAGAG